AUGAAGAUUAGGACUUUCUUGAUUGUCGUGUUUCUAGUUUUUUCUUCAUCUUUCUUAAAAGUUGCAAGAUGUGAGCAAGACCCAGAUGCAGAUGUAGUCGAAUCAGCUGAUGGGGGAGAUCUUGGGAUUGUUGGUGAGGAUGCUCGAGAUUUUGGUGAUGGUCCUGCUCCAGGCGUGGAAACAAUUUGCGUUUUCCCUAAAAACCCAUCUAAAUUUAUUGCAGCUGGGGAAGAAAGUGAACUUCUAGUUGGAAUUAAUAACGAUGGGAAAUCAAGUAUUAAUGUCAUUGCCAUCCAGGCCGCUGUUCAUCUUCCUUUUGAUCACCAUUAUUUGGUCCAAAAUCUGUCUGCACAGGCUUUUAAUAACGCAUCAGUUCCUCCUUCAGCACAAGCUACGUUCCCAUACCUAUUUUCUAUCAGCAAGUUUUUGCAGGCUGGUGCAUUUGAUCUUGUUGGCACAAUUGUUUACGAGAUUGAUCAGAAUCCUUACCAAAGUACAUUCUAUAAUGGCACAAUCGAAGUCAUUGAGUCAGGUGGCCUACUCAGUGUUGAGUCUGUUUUCCUGUUUUGCCUUGGAGUUGCCCUUCUCGGUCUUCUUGGAUUUUGGAUACGUAGUCAGAUACAUCAUUUCUCAAAGAAAACUAAGAGGGCACCUAAGCUGGAAGUUGGAACUGGGACGACUGAUGCUUCAUUGGAUGAGUGGCUGCAGGGAACUGCCUAUACUCAGUCCGAGUCUAGUAAAUCAAAGAAGAAGAAGUAG